GCGGCUGUGCAAUUGUCCUCCACGCGGCUUGGUCCCCAGGUGGAAGGAUCUGUUCUCCAAAGGGGACAGCAAGGUAUCUUUAGGCUAAAGGACUCGGCGUCUAGUGUUCUAGUUGAAGAUCUAAAGAGAAAGCCACCUUGCUGCCACUAUGCCUAACUUUUCUGGCAACUGGAAGAUCAUCCGAUCGGAAAACUUUGAGGAAAUGCUAAAAGCUCUGGGGGUGAACAUGAUGAUGAGGAAGAUCGCUGUGGCUGCAGCUUCCAAGCCAGCCGUAGAGAUCAAACAGGAGAACGACACUUUCUACAUCAAAACCUCCACCACUGUGCGAACCACGGAGAUUAACUUCAAGAUUGGGGAGGAAUUUGAGGAGCAGACUGUGGAUGGGAGACCCUGUAAGAGUUUGGUGAAAUGGGAGAGUGAAAACAAAAUGGUGUGCGAGCAGAGGCUUCUGAAGGGGGAGGGCCCCAAGACCUCCUGGAGCCGAGAACUGACCAAUGAUGGAGAGCUGAUCCUGACCAUGACAGCAGACGACGUUGUGUGUACCAGGGUCUACGUCCGAGAGUGAGUGCCUACGGGUCCAAGAACUACCGCUACAGGCCACAAACCUCCCAUGUCCAUCUAUCUUACAAGCUAGUUCUCCCCUUACUCCUGAAGGUCACUGCUUCCCCCGAGGCCUUUUGUUCUUUGCCUCCUCUAUGCCAGAGAGGGACAGACUACAAAAGCUCAGAACCCUUCCACCACCGUUUGCCCCUCCCCAGGUCAGCAGUCCCAGCUCCGUACCAGGGUCCUUCCUGGAAGAGACUGUCUCUCUGGCCUCUACUCUUUAUCCUUUAGUCUGUGUGAUUUAGAAUAUUUAUUGGUUAAUUUUAUUAAAAUGUUUUAAAAUGU